AAGAUGGAGGACAUAUGUGAGGAACUUGAUCGGUUCACCUUUGAAUUUUUUGACACUCUCGAAUGUCUUCAGGAGAAAAGGGAAUACCUGAAUGCUUCAAUAAGAGAUGGAUAUCUAAACCUGUCAAAGGCUCGUUAUUCGAUGGGAAAUAAAUCCGUGGGUGCUUUGCAAUAUAGUCAUAAAAUGGACUGCGCGCUGUAUCAUGUAAGUUUAUUUGGAGACAUUUCUAAAGAGGAGUCCGAAAACGCUGUUGUAACGUUCGAAAUGGAGAAAGCACUGCCAAGAAGAGCAAAGGGUACUUCAAAAACUGGUUAUAAUGAAAAAGAAGAAGAGGAAAACGUAGUCAGAAGAAGGAAACCUCAAAGAUCAGGUGCUUCGAGCGAUGAAGCAACGUCGCGUAUCCAGGAAUUGUAUAUCUCUAAAGAGGAAAACUUGCCUGUAGAAGAUGAAAAUGUUGAUGGUUGUGUUCAAGAUCCCCUUAAAUGGUUUGGAAUCUUGGUUCCUGGAUGUUUAAAAACGGGUCAAAAGAAUUUUCAGAGCGCCAUUGAACUAAGCUGUGACAUUGUCAACCUUGAAAUGAAGGUGAAAGAGAUCAUAGAGAAGUUGAACGUUUUAAAAAUUCGGAAGAAAGAAUUGUUAGAAGAGAGGAACAAAUUGCAAGAAAUCGAAGACUGAUUGUUACCUUACAAAAAAAAAUGUUGUGAUAUCUUGGCCGAUAUAUUAGCUCUUUUCUUUGUAGGAUAUCAAAUGUAGGAUAUUUUCUGUAUUAAAAUAUUCAUGAGUAAGAGAUCA